GGACGGGCAGGUGGAUGUGGAGGUGCCGAAGAGCAGUAAAAGAUUCUGGCCAGGGGAAGCAGCGGGGACUGUGAAGUUGUAUCCGUGACCACAGAAUCCGCUUGUGGCGUUGUAACAUUUGUCCUGUCGCGCUCACUCUUACGCCUCACACUGUAAAGGCUCCGAGAGUGUGGUUCUGUUGUCACAAUCGCUCCACGUACCUUGAACUUCCAUUUCGGGUUGGAGCUCUCCUCUGUUUUUUCGGUUGUCGGAGGAUCGAUCAGUUGCCAUUGCUGUUCGUCUUUUCCCUGUGUUGCUGAAGGGCAUCGAUAGUUUGUGUGUGACUCAUCUUGUUCUCUGCGAAUCGGAAGUUGUGAGGGGUUUAGCACACCAGUUGUGUCGCGUUCUUCGCGAGCUGUGAGAGGAGGCUCUCAACUGUGUCGCGGCUAUUGUAGAGAAUUUGUUUGUUUGUCCUCUCGUGGAACUUCCCUACCUUUCCUGCGAAGGAUUUUCUUCUUUGAUAGCCAUUUUUAGCGAGUGAAUGGGUGUAAAGUCCUUAAUGAGUCGGUCGGCUCAUCUUUUCCGCCAUGGUUUAGUCAAAAUUUAGGGGCUUGACGCUUCUCGAGGUUCUAGCGUCCUUACGUGAGUGGUUUAGUUACUUCAACCCGGUGAUUGUGGUUUGCAAAACUUGUACAAUAAGGUCUAAAUUGUACAAUGGAUUGCCGUCCUUAUGAUCGGUCGUUGGCCUCGAUGUAGUAGGCGUGCAGUGCCUACUCUACGAGUGUUCUUGAUCUUCAACCUGUUUACUGGUCGUAGAAUUUUCUCUGUGCUAAAUUCCAGUAGUUCCCUAGAGUAUUUGAGGCUAAUGCGAUCUUGAUCGCCCAGUCAACACCCUCACAAGUAGGUUGUUGCUGUUCAAAUUUGGAAACGGUGUAGGUUUUUUGCCACUCAUUUUUCAUCUUGUGAUAGGUUUAGUGAUUUCCUGUACUUGCUUGAAUUCUUGCCAUGGGACUCCCUUCUCCUCCUCAAGAAAGUGCAUCCCCUGUUAUGUAUUCACGAAUAUGGAGCGGAACUCCCGGUCAUUUAUUAGAGCGCAUUUUGGCAAAUCUUCCGGUGGAGGAUCUGAUUCGAAUGUGCAAGGUUUGCAAAGAAUGGAACGACGACAUCCACAACAGUUCCUCGUUUCGCAUGCUUCACAAGGAGCUCUCUAGACGGCAGCUGCCAUGGUUUCUCGUGUCCACGAGCAAGAGAAGCUUCUCAGCUUACGACUUGAACACUCAUAAGUGGAACCUUCUCACAGUAUCGCGCCUCCCAGAUCCUGACCUCAGAGUUAUUGCAUCCUCUGGAGGCCUUCUCUGUUAUGGCGAACGAUGGGGAGAGCUUACCUCCACAGCACUCUACGCCUGUAAUCCUAUCACUGGAGAGUGGAGGCAGCUUCCUCCACAUCCCGAAAAGACUGUGGAUCACUUCGGCAUGAAGUACGAAGACGAGACUAACUCCUACAGAAUUAUGACCAUGAACGUUGCAGCUACUGGGGGCACGAUACGCAGUGUCACAAUCUACGACUCAAGGACUCAACAAUGGUCCGCAGGAGCUAUUCCGAAGAGCACGGUUCAUCUCAGCAAAGCUUCUAUGGUGUGGUGCGGUAAGCGUGCCUACUUCAUGGACAGGAUCCAACCUUUCUGUGAGCUCCACGCAUACGAUUUGGAGCAGUCAACUUGGCAUGAAUUGCAGUCUCUUACACCCCAGUUCUUUGAGUAUCCUUCUCUCGUUGCCUGCAACGACAGGCUGUUUAUGAUGGGAUUGAGUUCAGACUGUCGCAAAAUAUGGCGGCUUGUUGAUCGGCCAGCAGGUCUGGAGUUUGAGGAGUAUGACUCCCUUCCAGCGCAGCUCCCAAACGAGUUUGCAGUGAAGAGGAAAACACAAUCCAUUGGUGGUGGUAGGUGCUCGAAUUACAAUCCGUUUCGACUCAAUGCGGUUGGGAGUGGCAGCCUCAUGUGCUUUUCAAGUAAUCUCGACCACACGUGGGUGCUCAUUUAUGACAUGGAGAGGAGGACUUUUUACGAGUCGCCGAAGAACAUGCAAGAUGUAAAGCUGACUGACUAUGUCGACCUUUCAUUCCAGCCCUGCCUUCAUGCUUCUCCUUGAGGACGAAGGUGACAUACAUGCCAUUGUACAGUAAUGUGCAGAAAGAACACAUCGGAAUGUUGCAAUACUAGAUGUCUGAGUAAAGGACGUACUGGUCUUACAAUUUUUUGUCUUUAUAUCGCUAGCCUUUGACAUACUUCCGUAAGGUAUACAGAAUUCGACAAUCAAAGCAUCAGUUGGAAUGAAAUGCAGUGCAAAGUAUAUCCUAGAUCUGAAGCUCUUCGAGAAACAUGCAAAAUGCUCGUGUUACGGGAUUCAUGCAUGUAGAGGUCUACCCAGGUAGACUCCUUUUCAUCAUAAUUUUGGUAGAGAUGUAGAGUAAGAUGUGCGGUUGUCACAUCAAGCGACAUGCUUCUUACAACAGUAGGUGAACACUGAAAUGUGGAAUGCGUGAUAAAGGAGACCGCUUUCAGUAAUUUACAUUCGUACGAUACAGGAUUUGUCAGAAUGGUCAUUGUUGAUCUCAGCAACUUGAGUUUUGGGCAACAGGAAUCUUCAAAGCUCGUACUCUGGUGAUGAGUUUGGGACGAUGCUGUGUUAGAAGAGGUCUCACUUGGCUUUCCUUGAAAUCACUAGGGCAAACUUUGUUUCCAGGAAGUACAUUACUUGUUAUUACUGUUUUUGAACAUGCCUAAAUCAGCUCCC